GUUCAAGAAAAUUGAAGCCCAAAUCCUAAUUUUAUUUCGGCCCAACUUUCUUCUAUUUAUUCCUUCCCCUCUCUUUCUCUCUCUCCAAUAAUCAUAUCGCUGCAAACGUUCACCACUUAACCUCUUCAGCCGCUGAGUUCCCCAAAUUCAAUUAUCUUCCAAGCUCCUAGCAAUUCUGUUUUUUCCAACUAGCAAUGGCUACUAGGCUUCAAUUUGAAAAUUCAUGUGACAUUGGUGUUUUCUCAAAGCUGACCAAUGCAUAUUGCUUGGUAGCUAUUGGGGGUUCUGAAAACUUCUACAGCACAUUUGAGUCUGAGCUAUCAGGCAUUAUCCCAGUGAUUAAAACCUCUAUUGGAGGAACGAGGAUAAUUGGAAGACUCUGCGCUGGAAACAAAAAGGGUCUUCUCUUGCCUCACACUACUACAGAUCAAGAACUUCAGCACUUGAGGAACAGUUUGCCGGAUGGAGUUGUGGUUCAGCGCAUUGAUGAGCGAUUAUCUGCCCUGGGAAACUGCAUAGCAUGUAAUGAUCAUGUUGCUCUGACGCAUACAGAUCUUGACAAGGAAACUGAAGAGAUGAUUGCUGAUGUUCUUGGUGUGGAAGUUUUCAGGCAAACAAUAGCAGGGAAUAUUCUCGUUGGUAGCUAUUGUGCUAUCUCAAACACUGGAGGCUUGGUACAUCCUCAUACAUCCAUUGAAGACUUGGAUGAGCUUUCAACUCUUCUUCAAGUUCCUCUGGUUGCAGGAACCGUGAACCGUGGUAGUGAAGUGAUUGCUGCUGGAUUGACUGUCAAUGACUGGACAGCAUUUACUGGCUCAGACACUACUGCGACAGAGUUGUCUGUUAUUGAAAGUGUUUUCAAGCUAAGAGAGGCUCAACCUACUGCUAUUGUUGAUGAGAUGAGGAAAUCAUUGAUCGACAGUUACGUUUGAGUUAUUAUUUAAAUUGCAUGUACUACAAAAUUCUGUGUGGAAGUUUGAGUUGCUACUUUAAUUUUGUGUUUCCUAUGUUAAAAGGUCUCACUUGAUAAUGCAGAUUUAUGGUUAAUCUUAUCGUGUUUUCUGAUUUUCAAGUGUAUAAUGUAGUACAUUUGAGUAUAAGAAAUUUUUAUCUCCA